AUGGAGUGCAAUAAGGCUGAAGCCACACGGGCAAAAUCAAUAGCCGAAGCAAAGCUUGAUCAGAAAGACUACGCCGGCUCGAGAAGGUUUGCACUGACAGCGCAAACUCUGUUCCCAGAGCUCGACGGCAUUUCACAGAUGCUGACAACCCUUGAUGUUAUCCUGGCUGCCGAGAGGAACAUAAAUGGGGAUAUUGACUGGUAUCGGGUGCUUGGCGUGGACCCCAUGGCUGAAGUCGAGGUGAUAAAGAAAAAGUACCGGAAACUGGCUCUUGUGUUGCACCCAGACAAGAAUCGCUUGCCUUGUGCUGGAGAUGCAUUUAAGCUGAUUAACGAUGGCUGGACUUUGCUAUCAGACGAGACCUAUAGGUUGGCACAUGACCUAUCCAUGGGCGUGGCAGGCUUCCAUGCACAGGAUCCUACGCUUUUCGGUGGCCUGUCGGCAUCACAUCCUGGUGGCCAUAGGCCUGGCCCUUCUGCUCAUGCUGGUGGCCUGUUGCCACAAACUGACGGCUCAUUGACACGAGCUGAUGGUCCAGCGGGUUACGGUUGGUCGGCCCAUCACGGUGACCCUUUCUCCCAUAAUGACGACCCGUUUAACCCUCACACACGUAAUGGCGUGGAAGGAAGCUUAUUUUCAAAGUUGGUGAACAGAAAAGCGCCAGCUCCCGAAGCAUCGUCACCAGAAAAGAAGGUGAAUGUGAAGCCGUCCCCUUCUUCAUCUACUUUUUGGACCGCCUGCUGUGAUUGUGACAUAAGGUACGAGUACGACAUGAUGUACCACAAUAAACUCCUCCUAUGCAUUGAUUGCCAGAAGCCGUUCUUGGCCACCGAAAUUCCUCACCCGGGCGGACAAGGGCGCCCAGUGGAGCAGCAUAUCCCGAACAAGUAUGCUCCGCCAUCAGCAAAUGAUGGAGGAAAAAAUGCUCGUACAACAUCCGAUGCUGAUAGGGCACACAAUGCUUCCAAAACAGAGGGCAGCAGCAACAAGAAACCCAAGAGGUUGGACGACAAGUACUCUGGGGCAAGCAUGGAAGUCCCGGACCCCGACUUCUACAAUUUUGACCGGGACAGGACGGAGCAGUCUUUUGCGAAAAAUCAGGUGUGGGCCGUCUACGACGACGACGACGGAAUGCCCCGUUUAUACGCAAUGGUCCACCGAGUGCUGUCGAGGAACCCCUUCGAACUGGAGAUGAGUUGGCUCAACUCCAAGACGACGCUCGAGUUCGGUCCCCUCGACUGGGUCGCUUCAGGCUUCCCCAAGACGUGCGGCGACUUCCGCAUUGGAAAGUACGAGGUUUGCGGCUUUGUCAACGCGUUCUCACACAGGGUAAGGUGGACAAAGGGAGCGCGAGGGGCCGUGGUGAUAUUUCCGAACAAGGGGGAGGUGUGGGCCCUUUACCGGAACUGGUCGCCCGAGUGGGGCGUGGAGACUCCCGAGGACGUGGUCCACGAGUACGAGGUGGUGUGGGUGGUGGAGGAGUACAAAGAAGCGGAGGUGAGUGUUGCUCCGCUUGAGAAGGUGGGUGGGUACAGGACGGUGUUCCAGCCGAGGUCGGGUGUAGUGAUGAGGAUAGUGAGGGAGGAGAUGUUCCGUUUCUCGCACAGGGUGCCGCACCAGGAGGUGGUGACGCCGGGAGGGUGUCUGGAGCUCGACCCGGCAGCGUUGCCCAUGGAGCUUCUGCAGCGGCAGUGA